GUCUCUCCGUUCACGCACACGUCACCUUGUGCGUGUGUAGAUGGUACGCUUAAGCGUAUGUGUUUUUUUUAAAGGCACGGAGAGGAAGAAAGCGAGGGAGAGAGAUGAGGCCCGGGAAUCGGUUGGCUAGGACAGGACGACGCCAGAAUGUGCCGCGGUCGUGAAAGUGCUCGGUGUUAGAACGAGAAAGAGGUGAGGUGAGGGAGCGAGAGGGAGCGAGCAGGAGAGUGCAAAAAGGAAGGAGGAGAGAAACCGAGAGGCGGCGGCUGCACCACACAGACGGUCGGACGUACCGCGGAGCAAUAAUAAUUAGCCCCUUCACGUCUCUGUAGCAGCGAGCCAUGUUCGUGCCUCUCCUUUUGUUAUGACAAUCUACUUGCGCCGUCGCUGGACUGAUGCGUCCGUGACAUCGUCGAUCUCGUUGAAGAGUAGUCGGUACCACCUAGACGGGGGGUACGACGCGCUCCGACGUUUCGGAGCAGCUCCUCCAGCCGUGGAGGUAGCCCAAUCCUUCGGCCAGAGGACCGCGACCGAGUGCGCCCGACCACGAAUGGAUCUAUUUUCUUACUUGGAUGCAUGGGCAGCGUGUGUGUAUGCGUGCGUGCGUGCGUGUGCGGCCCGUUUUUUAUCACCCUAGUCGAAGUACGUAGGGGUCUGUUGUUUUGUGGAUCUUUGGACACUAAAUGACUUGAUAAAGUUAAUAAGAGGGGCACUCGACCAAAAACCAAGGCCUCAGAGCGCUGUUCCAGGGAACGGUGCCAGUGCACAUCAGUAUUGUGCCAGCGAAUCUCUUAGCCGAUGCUGCAUUGCACGAUGUUCUCAUUAAAGACAUGGAGAUGAUAAAUUUGGAAGCUAAAUAUCGAAGCGGACAGCGUUAGGAGCAUUACAAUUUUAUUUGGCUUUCAAUAGCCUUUAGAAGGGAUGAAUGGAACAACGGCCCUGCGUCACAGUGUUGGCGAUGGUGGAAUCGGCGAGCCGGUUCCUGUUGCCACGUUGGUUGUUUACAAAGAUUACGCAGGAUAUGGAAUGAAAGUCUCAGGGGAUAAGCCAGUUUAUGUUCAGUCCGUUAAAGAAGGUGGCGCGGCUGCGAGAGCUGGCCUUCACGAAGGUGACAAAAUAAUCAAGGUGAAUGGAGUGAAUGUAAUGCAAUCAACGCACACUGAAGUUGUUAAUCUCAUUAAAUCAUCAACACAAGUAGUUCUGACAGUACAGCAGAAAUCUGUUACAACAAUGGCUACUGGAUUAUCUUCGUCGCAACAUCAUCGACCAACAAGUUUAUCAACAAGUUCUGUAUUAGUGUCACCUGUACAGGCAGCGACUUCUCUGCAUAGAGCUUCAACCGUACCAACUUCUUGUACCGAAAGAAUUACCGGACCUCAGCCAGUUGACCAUGAAAAAAGACGGCAAUUGGAAACUCAGCGUGUAUUUACAUUGCAAUUAAUGUUAGAAAAUGAACAAAAUUACGUUGAAAAACUACGUAGUGAAUUAGCGAAAGCUGCAGCAGGUGCUGGAAAUGCAAAUAAUAUUACUUCAUUGCAAACGGAACUUGCCAAUGCAGAACGAAGGUUGAAAAAAUUACAAGAGCCACUAGAUCAAUUUUCUCAGGGUGCAAAUUUUGGUUGCUGUAUGAACAAACACCAGCGCACUAAAUCGAGCCCUGAACAGUUAGGUAUCAUGUCGCCAGCAGAGGCGAGUCGGCAGCUUAUCGCUUCGGAGUCCAUGUGCGAUCUGAUACCACCGGGAUCAGGGCGACCAGGAGGACGUCAUAGUGGUAUCGACCUCGAUGAUCCACCCGGGCAUAGAACACCGCCUGGCACACCGCCACCUCCUUAUCCUGCACCCAGCCUUGACGAUGUCACUUGCUCGAAUCUCAACGAGAAUAUUCUAGACAACUUCAAUGCUGCGGUAUCUUCACCUAGAUCACAUAGUAUAUUAGAUGGAAGUAAUCCAGGACUGCCAAUGAUUCAGCAACCAAUUAUGUCAAUGGAAGACGAUGAUAUGAGCGAUCAAGAAGUUGGACAAUUGGAAGAUCACGGACCAUUUAAAUUGCUGUCUAGGUUGUGGCAACAUCAUGCUCAUCUUGCUGUUUUUAUUAAUUAUGUACUAUCAAAUAGCGAUCCCUCUAGUCUGUUAUUUUAUCUUAUAACGGAUUUAUAUAAGGAGGGCAAUGCUAAGGAAAUGAGAAAGUGGGCUUAUGAAAUUCAUUCAAGUUUUCUUGUACCUGGAGCUCCUCUACGUCUAAAUAAUGUAGAUGAAAAUGUUGCUCGUGAAAUUGAUGAUGUGUUACUGAAGGAAUCAGACAAGGAAGAAAUUCUGCGAAAAAUAUUUUGGAAAGCAAGAAAUCGAGCAAAAGAAGAGCUUAACGAACAAUUAGCCGAUUUUCAACAGAAAAGGACAGCUGGAUUAGGUACACUUUUUGGACCAAGUGAUGCCCAACUGGAUGAAAGUGCUUGCGAUAAAAGUAGAGAAACUAAAAUUAUCGAAACAUAUCUUUUACCAAAAAUGGAAACGUAUUUAGAAGAUAUUGAAAAAGAAAACGUUGAUCAACGAAAAUUUGCAACGGCAGUGAGUCUUGCAACCGUUUUAACAAAAGUAUUACAAGUACGUCCAAUAUCUUUGGAUCGUGUGCCAACUUUCGUCGCAAAAGAUAAAUCGCAUAUUAAAGCUAGAUUAAGUGCUGCAAAAGCGAGAAAAAUGGCAGUAAGGGGUCAUCAUUUUGUUGCCCAUCAGUACUUCACAGUCACAUAUUGCAAUCACUGCCAAUUUAUUAUCGGUGGAAUUGGUCCUCAGGGUUAUCAGUGUGGAAAUUGUUCCUUAAAUGUUCAUCGUCAAUGUGUUCGAGUAGUGGAAGAGAACUGCCCGGGUCCUUUAGUUAGAAAAGAAAGGGGCAAUGACCGUAUUAGUAAAUUGAUGGAACGUAUUCGGCCUGAGAAAAAACCGCCAUCGCAUCACAGUCAAAAUCAAAUGCACCAUAUUGAGCGUAUAAAAAGAGGAGAAGAAGAAAACAGCCCAUUGACUGAUGGUGAAAAUGGAGAACAUCGCGGAAGCGGUCCCGCAGGAAGUGCACGAGGCGGCAGCGAGCGAGGUCGUGUUUCCGGCUUCGGAAGCGGCGAUCACGCUGAUAGUAUGGACGAUCCUUCUUCGAGGGAGGACAUUUCUGAAAUGGUGCAGCAAAAUAUUUCCACUAAGCCAAAGACGUCAAACAUAAACAGGUCUGAAAGUUACAAAGAACGGAUACAUCAUAAGCGGCAGCUACGUGAAAAGCGAAAGACCAGUGACCCGAACCUCUCGAAAACAAAUGACUGUGAUGCCAGCGGUUCGUUUCCCGGUAAUUCGGCUGGCAGCUCCUCCAACAGCAGUCUGUCCACCCGGAGUCUCGACAGCCCGAGCACGAGCCUCGAGCAGGUACAUCCGGCCGCCGCCAACGCCUCCACCUCCUGGGACAGCGACGUUGACGUCGAGCCGGACCCGCCCGACUGGAGCCAAGGAGUCGCAGAGGAGGUCCUCGUCAGACUCAGCAAUGCCGAGAAGAAAAGGCAGGAGGUUAUUAACGAGCUCUUUCACACCGAGCGCUCGCACGUGCGUGCUCUCAAGGUCCUCUCCCAAGUCUUCCACAAGCCCCUGCUGGAAACCCAGGUGCUGUCCCUCGAUCAGAUUCAACUGCUCUUCUCGAACCUCGACGAGAUGGUCACUCUCCACUCGCAAUUCAAUCAGGCGAUGAAACGCAAGAAGAAGGAGAACCCCUGCGUCGGCGACAUCGGCGAGCUCCUGCUGGGAAUGUUCGACGGCGAAGCCGGCGAGAUAUUUGAGAAGGCCGCGUCCAAGUACUGCGCCAAGCAGCAAGUGGCCUUGCGCGCCCUACGCGACCAGAGGCGCAAGGACCCCAAGCUCAACGUCUUCCUCAACGAAGUCGAGGCCAAUCCCAUGUGCCGAAGGCUUCAGCUUAAGGAUCACAUACUGACGGGCAUGCUUCGGCUGACCAAGUAUCCCCUGCUCUUCGACAAUCUUGCCAAGUACACGUGCGAGAACAACGAGGAGCGCGCGGCGGUGUUGCGCAGCCUCGAGCGCAGUCGCGAGAUCCUGAGUCGGGUUAAUCAGGCGGUGCGAGAGUCCGAGGAUUACCAUCGACUCGUCGAGAUUCAGCGUACGAUCGAUCGCUCGGCCUUCGACAAGUUCGAGCACCCGACUGUCCAGGAAUUCAAGAACCUCGACAUCACCAAGCGCCGGCUGAUCUACGAGGGUCCCCUCCAGUGGCGCGUAGUCAAGGCCAAGCCCGUUGACCUCCACGUCGUUCUACUCGACGAUACGAUUCUCCUGCUCCAUCGCCAGGACGAGAAGUACGCCCUCAAGUUCAUCAAUCAAAUGAACUCGGUCCUCAGUCCGAUCGUCAGGGUAUCGACCGUCCUCGUCAGGCACAACGCCGUCGACAAGAACUCUCUCUACCUCGUCAAUACGUCUCAAAAUGGCGCGCAGAUCUACGACCUCGUCGCCUCCUCCUCCGAGGAGCGCAAGCUCUGGUACAAGCAUAUAUCCGAGGCCGCGGAGGUGCACAAGGCGAGGGAUCGCGAAGGCAGAAGACCCAUGCCCCCGAGUUCCUCUUCUAAUGACCUCGUCGAGUCUGCCGAAGAUCAGUUGCUGCCCGAGACAGCGAACAACGCUACGGAUGCCGGUAGCGAGGCACGUUCGAGCGAAAAAGCCGACCAGGAGAAAAGUAAAGAGAGUCCAGUUACACAUGAGUCAAUGACGACAAUGCAACAACAGCAGCAACAGCAGAAGCAGCAGCAACAGCAACAGCAACAACAACAACAAGCAGUGGAUGCGAGCUCAGUGAGUGCCGGUAGUAUUGAGAGGGAUGAGAAUGAGGACGCGGACGAGGAUGGUUCGGCGACGAAAGUCACCGGAAACAGGAGGAAGGUAGAUCACGAAGAGGCCGCGAGCGUUGCUGCCUCCGCUGGACUGACAAUCCCGGGCGAACCUUUAAGACCGACAAUAUGUACGCACUGCACGCUCAUAAAUCCACUCGAGGUACACAUCGAGGAGAGGCUCGUGCACGUUGCCGAGCCGGUUCUAACCCCCAUCGAGUAUUUGCGACGAAAAGAUGAAGUGAUCAAGCAAGCCUUGAUCGAGAAGCAAUGCAUAGUCGCAAACAUACUGAAUAUUCCAAAAGCAGACACCGAGCAAAUGACGGACUCAGGCUCGGAUCUCCCAGUUGCUGAAAAGGAGCCCGCUGAACUUAUACUGGCAGCUAUUGGUCAAGCGAAUCAACUGAUCGAGCUGCUGAACUCGGCGCUGACGGUCAGUGAGACGGAAACGGUGCUGGCGACACAGACCGCGAGCACAUCCAGCAGCUGCGAGGCUACCGGGUGUCCGACUCCAAGGCCGCAUCCGCGCACCCUUGAGCCCGCGGUCCCUGUCUCGACGCUCCAACCCGUCUGCAAUUCUCUGGCCUCGCAACUAUCGCAUCUUCUCAAAAUCGUUAAGGAAAGAGACGAAGAAAGAGAAAGAUUGCGAAAAGAACUACGGCGCAGCCGAGAGCGUCUUCAUGUAAUCGACGCCGAAGCUCAACGUCGAGAAAUUUCAGAAACAAUUUCUGCACCACUUGAAACUGCUAUAGGACAAAACGAAACGACAGGAGCAACAAAUGAUCAAAUGAACCAAGAAAUAUGCAACGAUGGAUCCAAUCGAGAAGUCUUCGUCGACGCGCAAUGUGAAUUGGAAGUAUUCGCCCCAAGAGAUUUCGAUGAAGAAACGAAGGUCGUCGCAUCGAAUAAUGAAGUCAUGGGAGACAGCGUGGGUUGACACUCGAAACAUUCUCCUUGAGUCGCAGACCUGAUGCAUUUCCAAGUGCGUUUCCGUGAUUCUUCGUUCAAUACGAAUAAAAACAAAAUAAAACAAAAAA